UCUAGGCAUGCAAAUCGGUCUCGCAACAAAAGUUUUUGCUGCUCAAAAAAGUAAGCUCCAAACAAUUAAAAUGCCUGGAAUUCCGAAGGGAUUGUUACGAUUAUGUCGACUGGGCAGCAAAAGAAGGAACCAUAAUAGUAGCGCUGAUCCAGAAAGCGGUCAAAAUGGUAAUCAUGAUUCAACAAAAGAGAUAACUGGGUCUCCGAGACCGAUUGAAAAGAUUGCGGGCAUUCCUGACGACUGUAGCGGGUCCAACGCUUCGAUUAACGGUGCAGCUGCACAGUCAUGCAAUGGCAUCAGCGGGGAAGUAAUAGAAAUGGCAUUUCCUUGUGUGAGGCGUCCGUUGUCUUGUUUAGAGGAAGGAAAUAAAGAUUCAAAGGUGGCGUUAAUGAUUUUAAACCAACCUUUGGAUGCGUUACGACAGCAACUUCAUGUUUUAUGGAAUCGUUCAGUACUCAAAGCCGUUGUAGAUGGAGGUGCUAACAGACUGUAUGAAUGUGUAAUAGGAAAUCACCAGAAUUAUAUUCCAGAUUUAAUAUCAGGAGAUUUUGACUCUAUACGACCGGAGAUCCUCCUUUACUACCAGAGCAAGGGAGCCAAAAUAGUUAAAACCCCUGACCAGAACUACACAGAUUUCACCAAAUGCCUGAGACUGGUUGUGGACACAAUAGAGUCCAGCAAACAAAAGGUGGAUUGUAUCAUAGUACUUGGUGCCUUUGGAGAUCGUUUAGACCAAACUUUAGCAAACAUUAACACACUUUAUGAAGCCAACUUAAUCACCAAAUUACCAGUGUAUCUCUUGGCGGACGGAUCCCUGGGGUGUUUACUUAGACCGGGGAAACAUGCAGUAGAAGUCAAUACGGGUUUAGAGAGUGACUGGUGCGGGUUGGUUCCAAUCGGACACAAAUGCAGACAGGUUACAACUACAGGCCUAAGAUGGAAUCUCGACCAUCAGCCAAUGCAGUUUGGAAGCCUUAUCAGCACGUCUAAUACUUACUCUGAGGGGGCUGAGGUAGUGACUGUCCAGACUGACCAACCACUGCUAUGGACAAUGGGAAUAAGGAGCGAUAAAUCCAAAUAGCGGGGGGCUUCGGCUGUCAUGCCAGGGGCCGAUUUCACAAAGAGAUAAAACUGCAAUUCAGUCGCAGUUGCUUAGUUAAGUGUAAACAUGCUGCUUCACCCUCCUAGUAGGCCGAUUGUGGAGGCUUCUUUUUCACCAUUCAAAAUAAUGUAUACGCUUCACUGAUCAUGUAUGGUUGUGUGCCCUUUGAUACAAUAGACCUUUAUCAUGGUGCAGCCAUCUUGAAUUUCUUCCAUUGAUAUCAAAGUUACACAACCGAGGCUGGAAAAACAAAAUAGUCUGGUUCCUGUUUGCAAGAUGAUUAUUAGCAUUCAUUAUUGUUAUUUGAUACGAGGAACAAGACCAAGAUGGAGGCAGCUUGAUAAAGGUCUAUGGUAAAGCUGCUCUGUCCCAACUUUAGAAUCAUCCCCCAGUCCCAACUUGAGGGUUACAGUUGGGACAGCCCAACUAUCAUGCCCUAUAGUGAUAGUGAUAGUGAUGUAGAUAACCACAAUUAGUUGGGUUUCUGAAAGGAUUUUGAUCCUCAGAAAUUUCUCUGGGCUUGCAUUUUGGCUCAUAAGUGAUACAUGUUCUUACACAAAUUUCUAAUAUGAAUGAUAAAUUUCAGACACUUUGUUUGUGUCGGCCCUUCUCAUGGCAGGUAUAGGUAUUCGGCCGUCCCAACCGUAACACUAGUGUUGGGACCGAUCUCAACUACAGUUGGGACAAUUCUAAAGUUGGGGUCGAGAGUGAGGAAAGGAUUUUUUAAUGCAGCUGUAUAAAAUUGGGCCCUGGCUUAAACUCCAUUUUGAUUCCCUAUAUUAGCCAAAUGAACAUGCCUUUCAAAGCCAGUUUAAAGGAAUCAGGCAAAUUUCAGAAUUACAAGUAAUAUCUUUAAGUUUAAAAUGGUCUAUGGCUUAGAGGUGUAUUCAUCUUUGAAGGAUGAGAGUAUACAAAUCAUGAAAGAUGUUAAUAGUGAAAUUAACAGUAAUUUCAAGAAAGUAUUUAUGUAUACAUUUUUGUUAAAAAAAAAAGGUUUUUAAAGUGCUUGAAAUUUAUGAAGGGUUUAUUUUUCUAUUAUUAUUUAUCAAGUUUUAUGUUAUUCCCCGUUUUUAAUCCGAGAUUUGUCCAGUCUACUUGUCUUAUUUAAUAUUUUUGUUUGUUGUAGCUUAUUAAAUGUUAGCUUAUUAAAUGUUAGCUAAAGUCCCACUUGCACCUCCUGAUUAAAAAAAAAAAAAAAAA